AUGGCGACCAAGACGCUUGAGGCCCAGUUCAAGCACUUGUCCAUGAAAGAGGACAAGGAAAACACUAAUGAACGUACCUAUGGAAAACCAAAGGGCACCUCAACAGCCUUGUCCAUCCCCUCCGGACUUGGGUCAAGCCAAACGGUCCCCAAGAGUCAAGGCGCCUCCAGCCGAGCCCAUCUACUGAAGCUCGCACUUCAAAAUACCAAUGAUAACAAGGUUAACUCCAUGAAUGUCGCAUCGCCUAAAGGCUCACAGGGAACAUUGGUAGCUCGGAACACCGACGAGAAUGGAGAGCCUCGUCUCUCGAUCCCAUUGUAUGAACAGCCCUCUGCUCCUAGGGAGCUGCACCUCGGAAUGUUCGAGAUUGGCAAACCUCUGGGUAAGGGCAAGUUCGGACGCGUUUACCUUGCCAAGGAACGGUCUUCGGGCUUUGUUUGCGCUCUCAAGGUGCUGCACAAGUCUGAACUGCAACAGGGCGGUGUUCAAAAACAGGUCCGACGUGAAAUCGAGAUCCAAAGUAAUCUGCGUCACCCUAAUGUCCUGAGACUCUUUGGUCAUUUCCACGACAGCAAGCGCAUCUUCUUGAUUCUUGAAUUCGCCGGAAAGGGUGAAUUGUACAAACACCUGCGCAAAGAGCAUCGGUUCCCGGAAUGGAAGGCCGCCCAGUACAUUGCCCAGAUGGCCGCAGCUUUGAAGUAUCUGCAUAAAAAGCAUGUCAUGCACCGGGAUAUCAAGCCCGAGAACAUCUUGGUUGGUAUCCACGGAGAAAUCAAAAUCAGUGAUUUCGGUUGGAGUGUGCAUGCUCCUAACAACCGACGCCAAACGAUGUGUGGAACUCUCGACUACUUGCCUCCAGAGAUGUUGAAGCAGGGUCCCUCGCAAGAAAAGUUUUACAGCGAAAAGGUUGAUCUGUGGAGUCUCGGUGUUUUGACUUAUGAAUUCCUUGUUGGAGAGGCUCCUUUCGAGGAUACACCUGUGAUGACCCAACGACGAAUUACCAGGGCAGACAUGUCGGUGCCAUCAUUCGUUAGCCCAGAGGCAAAGGACCUGAUUAAAAGACUCUUGGUCCUUGAUCCCGAAAAGCGCAUACCACUUGAUGAGAUCCAACGUCAUCCCUGGAUUGUCAAGCAUUGUGUCAAGGAUGUAAAACGAUCCUCAAUUCCUCCAAGGACAGCAAAGCAUGAAGCAUGA